AUGGCUGGUCCGUCGAAAUCCCUCGCGGGCAAGUUAAACGCUACUCUUAAGAGGAAACGAGCCCCAGAAGUCCCCGAUGAUCAAAGCAGCAGUUCCCAAGGCAGGACGCCCAAAAAUAUCAUCGAUAUCACAAUGGACCAAGUAGGAGGUCAAGUGCAGGGUCGAGUCAAAUCAAAGACACCGGCGCGGAGCUGGCAGAGAGAUGGGAGCAGAGGGGAGAUUUUCUCUUUCAUCGUCGUAGACUCAACGGCACAGAUCAAUGUCAUCGUCGCCGGCGAAGAUUGUGAGAACGUGUACAAGCAAAUCAAUGUGGGAGAAUGUUAUAAGCUCAGCGCAUUCCGGCAGAAACCCUGCAACCCGAAGUAUAAGGUCACAGAUCACCAUUUCGAGCUCCAGUUGUCCAAGAUAAGCAAGAUUGAGGAAGUUCCCGGAAAUGAUCUACCAAGGGAAAAUGUGACAAGCAUAACGAUUGCCGAGAUCAAAAGUUCAAGUCUAAAGGAAAACGUAAGCAUAAACUUCAUAGUAUAUGAAGUCUCGGAACCUCAAACGUUCUCGUGUAGAGAUGGAGAAACGCGACAGAAGCAGAACGAUGUUCUCGAAGAUGAUACGAAAAGGAUUAUUACUCUCAACUUAUGGUCGGAGAAUGUUGGCGAGUUAGAUGGUCAGGAAGGGAGAGCGAUCAAUAUUGAGAACGUAUCCGUACGCGAGUAUAAGGGGAAGAAGAACCUGACCCCUACGAGCGGAACAGCAUACAAGAGCGCCAGAGAAUGUCCCGAUGAUGAUCGCCUAAGCGAGCUUACUGUGUGGUGGGAAAAGGAUGGAUACAAUUGCGAAUUCGAGGAUGUAGCAGUUCCUAGAGCAGACGAAGAUUCUACCUGA